AUGCACUAUUUACAAAAUCUUCACAAAUUCCCAUGUAGACACAUUUCUAUUGUACCUAGGAAUAAAUUAACUGCUAAAUACAGUAGAUCUUCCGGCCCUGGCGGGCAAAGUGUCAAUAAGUCAGAAACUAAAGUCCAAUUGCGGUUUCAUAUUGACACAGCAGAUUGGUUAGAUGAUGAAGUUAGGCGCAAUCUCAAGAUUACCUCUAAAAACAAAAUUAGUUCCAAGGGCUAUCUAAUUGUUUCAUCAGACAUCCACUCAUCACGAAUUUAUAAUUAUGAGCAGUGUAUUAAAUUAAUACAGCAAGCAAUAGAUGAAGCCAAAGAUUACAAACCAAAACAGCAGUUGGCAUUUCUGGAACAGAUACAAUCGAGCAAAUCACCCCAAGAAAUAUUGAACUACAAAUUGAAAAGAAGGGAAGAGAAGUUUAAGUUUAAGAGAUUGAAAAGGAUGAAGAAUUUUUGUGAAUAA